AUGCUAGAAAGGAUAAACAGGAAGUUAGCACUCAGGGUUGCUUUGGCAUACUGCACAUGUCCAACAGUAGCGAUACUGUGUCUUGUUAAGAUACCUCCGAUUAGCCUAGUGAUCGAGGAAAGAAACCAAACAUAUAAAAACGGAACCUCCUUCCAGAAGACCAGGAGCAUUGUACUAGAGCGAUGGCAGACACGAUGGGAAACAUAUAGCAGGUGGACUAAGACUUUCAUACCUAAUAGCAAACAUUGGAUAAAAUGUGACCAAGCAAAUACGGACUACUACAUCACGCAAGCUAUGACUGGCCAUGGAGUCUUAGGCGAGUAUCUGUACAGGAUCCGCAAGGCAAACUCUCCUACAUGCGAGGCGUCAGACUCGGCCAACCAUAUACCAUCUGAGUAUCACGCGCACGACGACAUACGGCAAAACAUAGAAACAGUAUGUGGUACAAAGAUCACUACAGAAAACGUCGAAACCCUUCUGACAAAAUCGAACGAAAAUAUCGAAGCGAUUUGCGGUUGCUAA